AUGUCUGUGUCAACGUCACUCUCCGCUUGUUCCACCUCUUCUUCCCCGUCCGGUUCAUCCUCGGAAGCCUGCAUGAAAAGCUUCUGCCGCCGCCUCGACGAGGUGGGCGAGGAGCCCCGGGCCGUCGGGGAAAUUCUCGUUCAAGCCCUCCUGCACCCUUCACUCUGCUUUUUCGCGGAGCUGCUCAGUCACCCGAAGAUAACGCGCCUUCGGCAAGUCUCCGAUGCACCUUCUGUAUUUUUCGAUGUGUCCCCGUCUUUCGCUCUGGGCCUUACUGAAUUGUUGGCCACUGUGCAGCUGUUCAGCACGGGGACCGUCGAAGACUAUCGCGGAGGGCGCGAUAUGCAGCGCCAAGGUCUAGUGCCGGAGGUUUCCUGCUUGGAAGAGUGUACGUCUCUUGAAGCUGCUUCCGGGCACUUCCCUGCUCUGCCUCCAGUUCUUUUGAGGAAGCUGCGGAUGCUCACCACGCUGACGCUUGCCUCCUACUGUCGAGAGCUUUCUUUCGCCACCCUUGCCUCUUUACUCUCUGUGAAUGAAGAAGAUAUUUUUCCCUGUGCGGCCUGUGAGUGGGGUGCGGCCACUGAGGCAGGGGAGGUAGGUGCAGUGCGUACACGCAGAGGUGUACAUACACUCGAGGGCUGCGACCGGACAGAUGCAGUCUCAGCAGAUAUUCAGAGCACCGUAGCAGCAACGGCACACGUCAGUCCUCAGGAAGCUGAGGCAGUUGUCCGCGCAUGCAUCGCAAUGGGCUGGAUGAACGCCCGCAUUAACCGAGAAAAACAGAUUGCCUUCGUGGAGGAUGUCCUGGGAAGAGAUGUAAAUGAUACAGAGGAUCUCACGAUCAUGGAGGAGGUACUGGACAACUUCGCACAGCGUGUCCGCAGAGCUAUUCAUGUGCUGAACGACAGCGAAGACAUGCUUCUCCAAUGUGAGCGUCAGCCCAGUGCCGACGGGUCCUGUGAGGCGACGGCGUGA